CUACUGUUGGUUUAUUUUUCUUGCCAAAUAUCUGUCUAAAAAACGUUGCCCAAGAAAAAAUCCUCGGAAAAUCUCCCAUUUCUCUAAUCAAACGGUAGGAAAACUAGGUUGCCUUCGAUUCUUGCUCGUUCGGAAAGUGAUUCGAGAGUCCUAACAGUGGAACAACAAUCUCUGGCUGUGUGGCAAUGGCCACAACUCUGUCCGCCUUCCCCAAAGGGUUUCUUCUAUAUUCACAGAGCCACCAGAAGCGCACAGCACCGAAUAGUGGCACCACCGUCAGGGCCUUCCGCCGGAGCGACUUCGACAGGUUCGCUAGUCGCGUGAGGUCCGGGGAGGCCUGGGAAGACGCCUGGCGCAGCGCAAAUGACCGCUUUGAGCUGUUCCUGUUUGAGGCCAAGAAAACAGCGGAGCGUAUUGACCGCCGUUACUCCGUCUCCCAACGAGCCUCUUCUGCUGUUCGGAACAUUGACAGGGAGUUCGAGAUUGGUCCUAGAUGGCGAGCAUUCAGCAUGGACUUCUCCAGAAACUGGCCCAGGUACAGGAAACAGCUCAAUGAUUUUCUGAAUACUCCAUUGGGAAGAAGUUUCAGUACAAUUUUCUUCAUCUGGUUUGCAUUAUCUGGAUGGCUUUUUCGAGUCUUGAUAUUUGCUACAUGGGUAUUGCCAUUUGCUGGUCCUCUUCUCAUCGGAACUAUCGCCAAUAAUCUUCUCAUUAAGGGGGCUUGUCCUGCUUGUCAGAGGCAGUUUGUUGGCUACAAGAAUCAGAUAAUUCGCUGCUCAAGCUGCAGAAACAUUGUAUGGCAACCUGAAGGCGACUUCUUUUCGAAAGGAAGUAGAAGCAAAAGUUCAUCAAAAAGUGAUCCUCAGAUUAUUGACGUUGAUUUUGAGGAGAAAUGAUUUGAAAUUUAGAACAUACAGAAGUUAUGUUUCUCUAUGGACUCUACAUUACAAUGCAAAAUAGGGAACUAGAGUGAGAUUGAUCAUAUUCUUUCUUGUAACCAUAGUAUUUGCUGUUGAUAUUGUAUGUACCUUGACAGUAUUGAAAGCUCAUGUACGAGCUUCUCAUUUAUUUCAUUUUGUAUAUCCCUUUAUACAAGGAAAGUUUGAUAGAGAAGCGCAA